ACCGAUGCUGAUCUUUGGCCAGACUCCGCGGCUCAUAACAGUGUGAGCCAUCGUCCUGGUCUAUCGCGGCUAGAUUUUGCUCCUCGGUCUCGGUGUCUCGUGUGUGGGUCUUUCUGGAUUUUUUACUCUUUUUUGUGUGUGCGCUGGUGUUAAGAGUAGUUGUUUCCUGAUCCCGGGCUGUGUCGUCAACCGUCGUCGUUCGAAUACUCCCGCAAGGACAAGACUAUAAGAUGAACAUACUGGUAAUAUCGUUCCUGGCGCUGGCGUCACUGUCCACGUUCCCGGCGCCGUCGCUGGGAACGCCGGCCUCGGCCGCCGCCGCAGACGUGUCCGAUCCGAAGAAAUCGCUGGCCGCGGCCGCCGUCGCCCCCAUCAACAACAACGGCCUGAAGGAGGUCUGGCAGGAGGACGAACACGAGGUGCUGAUCCGGAACGAGCGGGGCACCAAGAACGGCGGAGGCGCCGGAACCGCUGGUAAGAAAGACCGCAAAAAAGACAAAACCCAGUCCUCGUCCUCUUCACCAUCAUCAUCUUCAUCACCACAAUCCUCGUCCGCGGGGGGUGCCAGCAAUGGCCACCAGAAAUACAACAAACAACAAAACACUAAACCCAAACCGUCUGACCGACAGCAGGCACAGAACUCGCAGUGCCGUUACACCAAGGGCCCGUGGACCGAGUGCGACGCCAAGUCCAACACGCGCUCCCGGACGCUGUCGCUGAAAAAGGGCGAGCAGUCCUGCGUGCAGACCCGCACCAUCCAGAAGAAGUGCAAAAAAGCCUGCCGCUACGACAAGGGCGCCUGGUCCGAGUGCGCCCCGAACGGCCAGAUGUCCCGCACCGAUAGCCUAAAGUCGAGCAGCGACGCCACCUGCCAGACGUCCCGAGUGGUCAACAAGAACUGCAAUCAGGGCAAGUCGAAAGACAAACAGAACAAGCCCGCCAAGGCCGAGAAGAAGGAGAAAGGUAUCCGCAAGAACCGUCAGUAAGUGAUGUAAGCGCCAGCGUUUCUUUUAAUAAGUCAUCAUUCAUCACCAUUUGCAAUGCAGAGAGAAGCACACGUACAGACACAGACACACAUACAUUAAUCAUCGAACACAUGCACUCCAGCCGCGCCACGCCGCAUUGAAAUGAGUUUCAUCCCGAGAAUUGCCAAAUAAUUGCAAAAAUCAUUGACAAAAAAAACAUAGCUGAAAGAGGCAGAAAACAACAAGAAAAAAAAUGUCGAACUUAACUUAUCACAAACAGCCGAAACUUAAUUGAAGAUUAGCCGAACAAAACCAACACAAUGAAGCGAAUACACAAACACACUCUCACGAACAACAGAACAGAAUCACAAAAUCCAUUUAUUCGUUUUAACAACUGACAUUUGUAAAGUAAGUAAACUUAACAAGUUUAUGGGUAAAAAGAGGAAGGAAGAAAAAUAAAAGAAGAAGAAACAAAAACAGCAGAAGGAGAAGCCGGAAAUAACUUACGUGUUAAAUAAAAUUAAAUAUAGCUAUUAAAAAAAAGAAAAAGAAAAAAACUUUAUAUAAAAUAGUGAGUCAGCGCAGAAUAAAAUAGAACGCGAGCAAACAACAGCAGAAGAAUCCGUGAGGCGUGUGCGUUGUAGUGAGUAAAAUCAAAAUCAAACUUUUAGCCGAGAGCAAAUCAACGACAGAAAUCUAAAACACUCUAAAACUGCAACAGCUAUCAAAACAAGAACAAACAAAAAAAAAAGAUGCCGUUUUCGAACUGGAAAGCGCAAAGUUUUCGCUGGAAAAGAGCCAACUUUCGCAACUCUCGAGUUGAGGAAGAACUAGAUGAGCAAAAACUGUAACCAUUUCUUGAAUUAAUUCCAUUACCUAAUUAGAGUAGAGACAAAACAAAGCAACACAGAAGAAAAGAAUCUGCAGCAGUUUGCAAAGCCAAGUUAUAGAGAAAUUGUAAAAUUUUACUAUAGUAAUGUGUCUACCCCCCAGCAUCACCGAUAAAAAUAAGAGCGCGAGAAGGCGAGGAAAGAACAAUAGCAACACUUUUAAGUUCUACGCUUGAUAGGUCCGCGAAACAAGCAGAAAAAAAAACUCUAAUCAGAAUAAUCCCCAUUGAGAUGUAGAUGUCCUCUUUAGCGUCGAAAGCAAGCAAAAAUAUCAAGAAAAAAAAUCCCAUUCAUUCCCUGCUGCGCGCAACUCAGCUCUUGUAUGUUUGAUGUUCAACGUUAAGAUUACUUAUUUAAAAAUGCACAAACCAAACAGCAACACAAACGAAUUGGUGCGAAACCCCUUUUCGCAAACGUUGUGUGUGGGUGUACAAUAGAGUCCGAAAUCAGCGCCAAAAUUACAGAAAUAAAAACAAACGUAAAAAUAGAUAAUCUAUUGGGAAAGUAUACAGCAAAAUCUAACAAAAACAACAGAAAGAAAAACAGCGAACAGAACACAAACAGGCAAAGUAAAACGAUGUAAGAGAGCAAAAAAGGGGAAAGAAGCAAACAGUAAAACUAGAUAAAUAUUUAUGAAAAACAAAACAAGAAACACAAAAGAAAAAAGUGGUAAAGCUGACACAAACAUAUACACACAUAUUCUUAGUAUUAUUACUGUAUUAAAAAUUUGUCUUUCUCUCCGCGCUAUAGAAACGAAGGGUAUACAUUCUUGAACAAUUCUAAAGAAAACACACACACAGAAAUCGAUGGCGACUUUUAGAACAUUAAACAGUAAAAAACGAGUGUGAUUUUGUGUGUAGAGGAGAACGAUAAAAAAUUCCAACUAAACAAAAUUUGAGCACACACUCUUCAAGUUUUGGUUAAGUCUUUCUUCGUUCAAAUGUUUGAAGUUGUGAGUUUAAUCGGUUGCAUUUGGCUUUCGUUUUGGCUAACAAAUUUUACACAAAAAAA